AUGGCAGAGGAAGACGUUGCCGAAAAGGCGUCGCAGGAAAUCAAGGCGCUGUUGCGUCGCUUGGAUCCAGAGAAAACAUCUCACAAGGAUCGUAUUCGUCGUUUGACCAAGUUCAAGAACUUUGUCAGCGGAGAAGCAGGCGAAGUUCCAGAAUUUUAUGAUGAUGAUAUUCCACUGCUCUUGCUCGGAAGUGCAGUUCCUGCUGCAUUGCUAGGAGAUGAUACGGACAUCUUAGGUGAAAAUGUUAUUGGUUUGCUACAAGCUGCAGGUUCUCCUAGCGUGGAGCAUGACCAGACGCUGAAAAGAAGUGCUAGACAUGCCAUGAGUCUGCUGAAAUAUCUACUCUGCGACUUUGUGGAAGAUGGUGACGAGGGAGGAGAGAACAGUCUAAAUUUAUUCGCCCAAUGCUUUUGCAGUUUACCGUUGGAUCGCUAUCAAUUCAUGUCUUUAGACUUGCACCUUGUCGGAGAUGAGCGUGGUGGAGCAAAGGACGACGCAUGCGCCAUUAUGGUUCUCUUGCUGUGCAAUCACGUGCAGGAAGAUGGCGAAACCCCUUCGCCAUUGUCAAAGGAAGAUUUGUUGAUGGACCCCAGCGCCAUUGAAGCAUUUGAAAUCUGGUGCGCUUCAAAUGUUUCAAAGGAUCAACGCAAAAAAAUAAAGAAAAAUGCCGAAAAGCGUACAGAAGCUUUGGCAGAUGUGGACGAUGAGUUGGAGAAUGAAUACGUCGAAUCUGAUGGUGAGGAAUCUGACUUUGAUGAAGACGAUGACGGCGCCUUUGCUGAAAUGAAAAGGAAGCGGAAGGCUGACAAGAAGGCUGUCAUGGAUGCGGUGCAUUCUGGAGAUAUGUCAAAGAGGAGAGGACCAGCGUUGCGCUGGGAAGAUUCUCAACUGUACAAGGAGCAGCAAGCACGUAUUGCAGCCCAUCAAAAGAUGCAGGAACAAGAGGGUGGUGGGUUCCACGACACUGUGACUGAUAAUCUCAGAUUGGCUCAAGAAAUGGCUGAACGUGAAGAAGAGAAGUCAAAGAUUCUGAGAAAGGAUCCGCUGGGGCUUCAGGGUGCCGAUUUCGAUUUGCGUACAAUAGAAAAAGAGCAGGUCGACCAUCUUGAACAAGGCUUGUUGGAAUUGCAAGAAGAAAUUCGAAAGGGUGAUGUAGGAGGAGAGGAUAGCAACGUACUGCGGUCGAAAAAGGAGUCCCUGGAAUUUAUCUUGGAUGGAAUCGUUGGAGUUGGCGGAACCAGCGGAGGUAUUUCUGGAACAGGACACAGCGUUUUGCCAACUGAGGCUCAGUUUGAUCCAAUUCUGUUCUUGACAUUGGUGCAUCGAAAUGCAUCAUAUGACGAGCUCCUUGGAUCCAUGAACCGAUUAAGCACUGAUAUUCACAACCAGAACGUGCAACUGCAGAGUAUGGUGCGAGAAAAUUUUGCUCUGUUUCUUCGGUGCGCGGAUGGUAUCGAUACAUUUAAUGAAACAACACUUUCGCAAGCAGGCCCUGGAUUGGUAGAUCGUCUAAAUCGACAGGACGCACUAGCCGAGUCGUGUGCACACCAAGCCAAGAAAUCUUUCAAGCCUCUAUUGGAUAACGCCAAUGAGGUCCGAAAGGUUCAGUCUGCGCUUGCUGUACUUCAGCGUGUUGCCCCUAUGUUGCAAGCACCAUAUCUAAUGCGGCAACAUGUUGAGAAUGGGCGUUUUUCGUCGGCCUUGAAAGCUUAUCGUCGCGUCUUGGUGAUCGACGAGCACUGCAACAUUGAAUUGCUCAAUCACGUGAAAGACCAAGCCGCUGAGUGUGCUAGGGAAGCCCGCAGAGAGCUCGAAGGUCGUUUGGCACAAGAUAAAACGUCUGUGCAAGCUCUCAUCGAUGCUAUUAGAGAUCUGGGUGAAUUGUUGGAACUAGACAUUCCGCAUGAUCCAAAGGAGUCAGACAAGGUCGCCAAUGCCCGUUACAAGGUUCCGAACAUGAAGUCCGUCGGUGUCUUCUCAAUUGGUGGUAUAUUGGUCAAUAUCAGAGACCAUCCUCCUGCCUUGGCCUGUAUGCUUCUUCAAGCAGCCCACUUUACUCAUUUGGUCACUACCACCAUCGAAGAAGCGGACAACACCACAAUCAGAAUUUUCGAGGGUGAAUCGCUUUCUUCACAAAAAUUGGAUGGCGAAAAGAAAGAGGAUAAGCCGGAGCCAGCCCCAAAGAAGACUACAUCCAACAAUCAGUGGAAGUAUGAUGUUCUGGAAGCCAGAAGCAUCGCAACCAUUAAGGCGGUCGAAGUAAUUUCUCUUUGGCUGCCUAGAUUGUUGCAAGUCGCCCGAGCAGCUCAUGAAGACGAGAAGCGACGAGCCGCAAGAGUAGCAAAGCGCAAUGCCACUGGGGUCGCGUCGACUUUGUCUCCCUUCGAAGUUCUCAUUACAAACGUAGCACCUUCGAUUUCAAGAGUUGUAGAACAUGCGGCUUUCUGUGGCUUGGGCUCUGCUCCUCGUGGCUCUGGAAUGGAAAUCAAGAUGACAUUUGGCAAGAGGUCGCCCGAAAAGCUUCGUGCCCUGCUGAAAUCUCCACUUCCCCCUUCUCAGAGUUCGCGAGUUGGCAAGGAAUUGGCUGACAUGGUCAAGGUACUUGGUGAUAGCAGUGGUAUUGUGAAUGAAUUGCGUCCAGAAGAUGCUGCUGGGGCUUCCCAGAAAGUCUCCCCCUUGGAUGUGUGCAAAACUCUCGGUGACCAAUCGGUGAUGACAAUUGAGCGACGCCGCUGUAUUUACGCGUUUGAUAUCUGUGCGAGAGGUUGUUCCAGCAGGGCAACUGGUUCCGGGAAAUUCGAUGCUGAUGCUCUCUUGACUUGCCUCAAGACACUCUCAGAAGAGUUGACUAGGCCUGACCAAUGUGCUAGCGAAGUCGAAAAGGGCUGUGAACUUGUCAUCCGAAAAUGCUGUGACGGAUUGGCAAGUUACGUACGGGAUCGAGGUGACGCCGCUCGCCUCAGCGCGGUAGCAGAAUGUGCGGAUGUGUUACUGAAUCGGAUGGCAGAUGUUGUCCGCGAAGUUGGUAACCUAACAAACAAUGCAGAGACUGUAGAGGAAGUCAUGAUGGAAGAUAUCAUGGGAUUGGAAGGUGCCAUGUUUGAUGAUUUCUUGGGAAGUUUGCGAUUCAAUGUUACCUCGUGUUGCCGUAUGGGUUGGUUGGACGUCAAAUCGGAGAGCAAGGCAGCUGCAAACGAUAGUCCUUCAAUGGGUUUUCCUCCGUACCUUUCAGCAUCGCUCCUGGCCAUUGUCCGCUGUCGCGCUCAAGUAGAACAGGCACUUGGGGACAAGGUUCGCCGAUCUGAGGGUGCUGCAUACCAGCAUAUUGCGAUGGCAACAGUUGCAGAAGCAGUUGCCGAGGGAAUUUGCGAAGAGAUUGUUCAGCGCAAGACCAAGCUCCGAGUUCGCCAAGCCGAUAGAUUGGCGAAUGAGCUGCAGUUCUUGUUGAACACACUAAAGAGGUACUUGAAGCGAGAGACAGUGAAGCUAGUCGAUACAACGCGAGCAAUGCUGGUAGGCAAGUCCGGACAGAACGGUGCAUCAGCACCAGAAGGACUUGCGUCCUUGGAAGAACUUGAACGGCUUGGACGGGUCUAUGUCCUUUGCCUCGGAGAAUGA